UUGGAAAAUGAAAAAAAAAGUCUUUGAAAGCAUUUUUAUUUCAACUUUAGAAUAAAUUCUAAAGAUAAGUAAGCUAUGGUGGGGAUACUUGACGAAUUUGCUCAGGAAAAUCCAAACAGAGCAAAAAGUUUUUUGUCUUCUUGUGUUCUUUGGACUUCCUGUGUACUCUCCUCAGGCUUCGCUAGGUCAACCCAGAAACGCCUAGGGAUUUGUCGAACUGUCGAAACGGAGAGAAGAAAAAUCGGACAAAAAACCUAAAAGCAUGACAUCUUCAACAGAAAAAGGAAAAGUGGCUGUUAUUGGGAGCGGGCUGAUUGGAAGGGCAUGGUCGACAUUAUUUUCCAGUGCUGGUUACCAUGUCGCUCUGUACGACACAGUCUCAAGUCAACUGGUGAACGCUAAAGAGGCCAUUAUAUCACAGCUACAGGAACUUGAAAGCAAAGAAUUGCUAAAAGGUCGCCAUUGCAAGACAGCCCAGGAGGCUUUUAAACUAGUUACUACUACCCAUGAUCUAGCACAAGCUCUGAAUGGAGUCUUCUAUGUGCAGGAAUGCACUCCUGAGAACCUGGAGCUAAAGAAGAAGGUCUUUCAGAACCUGGAAGCUACUCUUUCAAGUAGUGAAGUCAUACUGGCUAGCUCAACUUCCUGUAUAAUGCCUUCCAAGUUUACUGAAUCUCUACAACUCCGACAAAGAUGUAUUGUUGCCCAUCCAAUUAACCCUCCAUACUACGUACCCCUUGUCGAGGUAAUACCAGCGCCCUGGACUGAUGCAAGCGUGAUUGAACAGACUAUCAAGUUGAUGAAGGACAUUGGUCAAUCCCCUGUCCUGCUAAAGAAAGAGACAAAUGGGUUUAUAGUGAACAGACUUCAAUAUGCCCUCAUAGCAGAGGCGUGGCGGCUUGUAGAGGAAGGCAUAUGUAGCCCAGAAGACGUGGAUACAACUAUGACAGAGGGGCUCGGCCUGCGGUACUCUCUGAUUGGUCCAUUUGAAACUAUGCAUCUCAAUGCAGAUGGGAUACGAGACUACUGCCAGCGUUAUGGUGAUAACAUUCAUCACAUAGUCAAGAACAGUACUACCCCCAGUCCACUGACGGGUGCCACGCUUGACACGGUCGAGGAGGACUUGUGCCAAACCAUGCCACUAGAUAAACUAAGCGACCGUCGUGCAUUGCGAGAUAGACGACUAGCAGCUCUUGCAGUAUUCAGAGCUCAAGAGAAAGAGGACAACUGAUGCAUUAGAAUUAAAUAAUCUGAACAAUUUAUACCACGACUGCUUAAAUGGGCUGUCACACUUUUCAUGGACCAUGUAUUAGACCUUAGAGCAGGGAUGGAAGAUGUCUUGGAAAGCUCUACGGGUUUUUUAUUGUUCUUACAGCUCAAGCCUUUAAAUGACGGAAGCCAAAAUUUAUGUUAUCGCCUAGGUGAUCAUGAGUUUGCAGGUUAAUCAAAAUCGCAAUAACUCUGAUAUCUAAAAUGCUUCAUCGAAUAGAGAAAAAAAGCCCCCAUGGCGUACAUAGAUCAUAAAUCCAAACACAAUCACGAGUUAACGGCGAUCUCUUGUUAUAAUGGGCAUACUCCUGCCAAAAGACUACAUUCAUUGGCAGUCCGUCGAGGCGACGAUGACUGUUCUAUUGUGUUGGUCCUUUGAUCUUAACUCUCCAUGCUGGACGAUCCCGAGCAGUGGUUUGCCAAGAGUUUGAGCUUAUAUCCCUCCACUUCAGGUUCCUCUUUACCACAUCUUUGAACCUGAGUCUAGGCCGACCCUGAUUCCUGGUCCCUGUCGUGAGCUGAGAGUAGAGCAGCUGCCUAGCCAAUCUGUCAGUGUCCAUGCGGUGAACAUGCCCAGUCCAUCUGAGAUUUUUCUCAAUGAGUGUGUCAGCCAUUGACCGUAAUCCGGUCCUCUUGUAUAUCUCUUUGUUUGUGACUUUAUCCAUCCAAGUAAUUUUCAUUAUUUCUCUCAGGUGUCGCAUCAUAUUUGCAUGUAAAUUUUUCACCUGGCUGCGAUAUACAGUCCAUGUUUCUGCACCGUAUACUAGGGCAGAUAAGACAACUGCUCGAUAGACCUUGCCUUUAACCUUGAGCGAUACGUGAUGGUUGUCCCACAGCCGCUCUCUCAGCUUAGCAUAUGCUGCGCUGGCCUUCCCCUUUCUGAAGGUGAUCUCAUUAUCUAUUCGUGCAUUGUCAGAGAUGGUACUUCCCAAGUACACAAAGUCUUUGGUCUGGACCAGGGUCUCAUUUCUUACAUGGAUUUCGCCAGGGAAUUGAGUCAAUGUCUGACGCUUCACUGGUUGAAAUAAGCACUCUGUCUUUUUGAUGUUGAUUUUCAGGCUGAAUUGUUCUGCAGCUGAGGAGAAUCUGUCUACUAAUCUCUGCAUACUUUCCACAUCAUGUGCCACCAAUGCGCUGUCGUCCGCAUACAGCAUUUCUCGUACUAUGACCUGGCACGCAGCUAAAGAAUGUGCGACAGAGAAACAAAAUAAAUAAGAAUCCUUCUUAGCUAUUGGGCUUAUUGACAUCUUUAAUCUUGAAAAAAAUCAAUACUUAACAUUUGAUCAAUAUCAAUUUUCAAUGAUUUUUCCAAUGAUUCUGAAGCAAAGGAAAUAUAAUUAUCGAAUGUACCAAAGUUAGUGUCGUGCGAGCACUUAACAAUUUUAAUUUGAAGAUGUAAAAUUUAAAAUAAUGGAAUGGUCACAAUUACCCAAUAAAACACUAUUAUUGAUAAAA